GUUCUCGGGUCAUUUCCGAACGAGACAAACAACGAUUUGAGUGAUCAACAAACUUUCAGGAAUUACUUUGAAGAUUGAACAAGAACGACUAUGAAAAACGGUCCGAAAGAAAAGCGAAGAAACUCUGAGAAGAGAAAGGAGAAGUCUCGGGAUGCUGCGCGAUGUCGUCGCAGUCGAGAAUCAGAGAUAUUUUACCAGCUCUCCAAUCAGCUUCCUUUGCCUCACAACAUCAGCUCCAAGCUGGACAAGGCCACCGUCAUGAGGCUGGCCAUCAGCUGUCUGAAGAUACAGAAGAUUAUGGGAGAAGACAGGAAGCCAGACAAAUCCCUAGCCCCAGAGAGACUGGAUCAGCUGUACUCCAAAGCGCUUGAGGGAUUUGUGCUUCUCAUGUCACGUGAUGGGGAUGUUGUCUAUGUGUCAGAUCAAGUGGCAAAGUACCUGGGGGUACAACAGAUUGAGCUAAUGGGUCACAGCAUUUUUGACUUCUCCCACCCGUGUGACCAUGAUGAGAUCCGUGAUGUUCUCUCUGCCAAAUGUCAUAACAGUAAGGAGCUGGGAAUGGAGAGGACCUUCUUCACCCGCAUGAAAUGUACCCUGACCAGCAAGGGGCGCAACAUCAACCUCAAAUCAGCCACUUACAAGGUGAUCAAGUACACAGGGAAACUGGAAGAGCUGGAGUUCCCCAUGACUGAGGGAGUCGCUGAUAAGGAGAAUAUGGAGAAUUUCCUGUACCUGCUGGCAAUUGGCGAACCCAUCCCCCACCCCUCAAACAUCGAGUUCCCACUGGAUAGCAAGACCUUCCUCACCAGACACAACAUGGACAUGAAAUUCACAUUUUGUGAUGACAGGAUCAAAGAUCUGAUUGGUUACAACAGCGAUGAGUUGAUUGGGAAGUCCGUGUACGAUUACCACCAUGCUCUGGACAGUGAGGUCGUGGAAAAGGCUUACAAAGACCUGUUUUCUAAAGGCCAGACCAUGACUGGUCAGUACAGAUUCCUGGCUAAGAACGGAGGCUAUGUACAGGUCAUCUCUCAGGCCACUAUUAUCUCCAACAGUCGCACACAGAAACCCCAGUGUGUGGUCUGUGUCCACUUUGUCCUCAGUGCUGUGGAGAACCAGAAAGUAGUUCUGUCAGAUGUGCAGCAGUCGCCUGUGGCCCUAGAGGACAUCCUGCCACCAUUGAACAUCAGCAUGAGCACUGACAAAAUCUUUGCUCCCAAAACUAAGGACAUGGAAGAAGGGUACUACAUGCCACCUGAGAUUAAAAAGGAUGCUAAAGCUCGUAAUGAGCCUGAAGACUUGACUCACCUGGCGCCCACAGCAGGAGAUGUUUGUGUUCCUCUCACUCUCUCCACCUUCCCACCAGACUCUGUGACAUUUGACUCUAAAACUGGCAUCAUCAUCGAGGACAUUCUCAGCCCGGCCGACACACCUCUCAAAAAAGAUCUGCCGUUCUCAUCCUUCAAAGAAGAGCCCCAGGAUAUGACGAGCUUCAGUCGCUGCCGUGAUCCUCCUCUCUUAUCUCCCCUGAACAGUAGCCAGGCCUCUUCGCCUUACACACAACAGAACAGCCCCAUGGAGUACAGUAAGAGCCUCAGUCCGGCUGUUCCUGACCUGAUGAACAAGUUUUCAGCCCUGGACACAAACCAAGCCCUCGAGCUCACACAGGAGCCUCUCAAUGAUGAAGACCUGGACAUGAGAGCUCCAUACAUCCCCAUGAAUACAGAGGACGACUUCGGCCUCUUCACACCAACCACCGAGUCCCUGUUCAGUAUGCCAGGAGACUUCAAUCCUGGAUUUUUUGGCACCACGGAGAGUGUGUUUGUGCCGAAAUCGCUGUUCCAAGACAACAGUCGUUUGCCAAGCCCAAUGCCAACCAUCCGUGAGAUGUGGCUACGAGAGAGUGGUACAAACAUGACCCAGCCGGCCCGCAUCGUACCCCCGCACCAAGCCAAACGGCCACUAGAGAGAAGCUGCUUCGAAAAAGGUCCUCCUGUGGCAAAAGUCCCCAAGCUGGACUCGGGACAGGAAACUAUAGCGGCCAGUCUGAAAGACAAGAGUGUCUUAAUGAACCUGCUACUGACAGGUGAAGAUCGUAACCAUGGCUACAGCGUACGCAACUCUCUGAUCCGGCGUGUGUCUAAUGCGGGGGAAGAAGACUCUGUGGAACCCACCCCUAGUGCCCAGGCCCUGCUUCUGCCUAGUAUCACCCAACAGGACUGUGAAGUCAACGCCCCCACUAAAUCCCUCAAUCUCCUGCAGGGAGAAGACCUCAUCCGGGCGCUGGACUCUGGGACUCGACCCAUGUCCCCUAUCGUUAUGACAAGCAUAGGAUAGGGCAAGGCGAGCCUGAGCGGCAACAUGGCCACUCCUCCACACCCAACUUUGUUUUGUCAGAAGAUUUCUUUUACUGGUAUUUGAUUUCAUAAACUCUGUCUGGAACAUUAUAAGGCAUGCACGUUUUUGUUGUGGAGACAAAAGAGACAGAAGAAUGGCUUUGAGAACAGGACAGAAGACUUGUGUAUACUGCGUCACAUGUGCUGAUUGAACAGGGCAUUUCAUGUUCUCUCUCUCUCUCAACUGUAUUAUUUCUGAUCAUCUGGCAGUAUUUUCAGGAGAGACAAGGAGCUGUUGAAUUACUGAGUUCGAAUCAACUAGUCCAUGCUUGGAUCCUGUAGUGGAAAGUGACCAUGUUGUUACCUGGGAAAGCUUGAAGAAGGGCAAAUAACAGACAGAGGAUUACAAAGUAACACCAGAGUUGUCUACCCCUCUGCAGCCAUAACUUCAUUCAAACCCACUUCGCAGGUGGAUCUACAGAAAGUGGUCAUAUUAAAGGUCAUGACCAGGCAGUGAAUUUGUUAUCUUGCACUGCCAUUAUAUGUUUUGCAAUCAUCCAAGUAAAGCUCUCCAGUCAAAGAUUUUUAGAUGCUUUCUAUAAUGUGUAGGAUGCAAAUUGUGCAUAGGGUUUACAUAACAAGACUUAAAACAUUUUCGAAAAAAUAUUUCGUGUUGCAAGUCUUGAGGACAUUUCAUUAUUCUAUGUUCUCUUGAAUUUGGAGAAGAAGAAAAGUAGUAAUGCUGUUAACUGAAGUGCUUUAGAAGUAGUCAAUAAUAUUAUAUUAAAAGGACGAGAGUUAAUGUGGACUGUGAAAACUGUAAAAUGGCAGAUGGCUAUUUCUCCUCCUGAGACUAACUGUCCAGUAAUGGCUUAGUUUGGGUUUUCUUUAUGUCAGUGAACCUGACAGAAAACAAUGUUGUCUUUCAUGUUAAAUAUAACGCUCAGUAAAUGGAUUCAGCUGGGUACAGAUCUAUUCCCAGAUUCGCUCGAAAUGUCGGUCCUUAUGUGGCCUUAAAAAAACAGGCGUCGAGUCAAAAGAAAGCCUGUCUAUAAACCUUGCCAUCAUGCUCAGUCCUCAGUAUCCAUCACUGUCUGGAUUCUGGGCAUCUAGUGUUCAUUAAGGUCUGUAAAGGGCUACUAAGGUAAACGGUUUUUGAGUGUGUGUGUAAGUAGAUCCUUUAAAUAAUGGAUUGUAGUCUAUUCUCCAGUAUUUUCACAGAGGUAUAUUUAGAAAUUUCUAUAUUUUACAUAAAGUCACUGUCAUGUUCGGUGCAGUUUCAUUUUAUUUGGAGAACUUGACUAAAUAUGUAUGAGUUGGGGUCCUCACUUCACCUCCCCAAACAUAUCAGGAAAAAAGAAAAGAACAUAGGAAAAAGUGCUAUAAAAGCAAUGAUAUAUAUGAUAUAUGAUUGUGAAAUAUACAGCUUAAACCGUGUGGCAUAAUUUCAGUGAACACUCAGUCUAGAUUCAUUAUAGUUUAUUGGUAAUAACAGUUUUGCAUCCAGUAAAUAUUUGGGAAAUCCAAACAAGUAAUUUAUGUACUGAAAUGAUUGUAAUUGCUCUAAACAUUUGCCCAAAAACUGUACAUUUUUACAGACAAGUAAAUGUCAUUAAAUAUUACUUUGGUGCUGACAAUCAUGCUUGUCCAGGAGUACAUCAUCCUACCAUCCAAACCAGUCGUAAAGCAGCUUUAACAGUUGGUAAGUCAGUCAGAAUGGGCAAAUUUUGGGUCAAAUACAGCAUUCAUUGUGUGCUAGGCAGCGUGAUGCUGUCAGACAGGAGUAAUUUUCUUGUGUAAUAUGUAACCAGAGGGUUUCUUAUUCUGCCUUUCUCAAGCUGUGUCGUCAGAGCCUGCAUCAUAAUUUGAACUGCGUGUGUUUAUCUCCUCUAGUAUUGUUAUUAUGUUCAGCCUUGUAACUUGCACAGCCCCAGUGGGCUGGACCUGCCUAUUGUUGUGUGAAUUUGUGCUGUUGUUUAGUUGUAGAGUAGAUAUUACAUAACGUACUAUAACAGUCCUCACAGGGUGCAGACUAUGAUAUAUUUUUAAAACAGGAGUUUUGUGUAGCUCUAGUUGUUGUUGUUGUUUUGUGGUGUUUUAUCGCGUGUUUUAACACUUGCAUGAAUGACAAGUAGUAUGUAGACUGGGACCAAACUAUCUCCUUUUAGGGAGGGAAAAAAAGUGUUUUUUUUUGCUUUUAAGACAGAUUAUGGUUCAAAAGAAAUCAGAUGAAAAUGUACAAAAUUAGAUAUACGGCUUUUGUGACUGACAGUAGGAUGGUUUUUGUACUAUUAC